GCAGGUGCCCGUUUGCGUUGUUUUUGACGCCUAUAUUAUUCAGGAAGAUGGAUCAACCUCGGGUUGAUUCGGAUGACGAUGACAGUGUCAUGGGGACCGAACACGACCCUGAAGUGGUAACUGCCAUACUCUAUUUGAAAGAAUACGCGGUCACGAAAGGUCUCAGUGUACACAGCAUUUCUCAAAUGCCACCGGAACAAUUAGCUGACUACCUUAAGGAUUUCUACACCACGGUAAAAUUCAAGGGUAUUGAAGUAAAAGAUGUCGUUUCUACCCCAGUGGUAUCUUUAAAGUACCUUCGAAACGGUUUGCACAGGUAUUUUCAAAAACAUUACGAUGUUGACAUUUUGAAAGAUGCGUGUUUUGAACAUGCAAACAAAGUAUUUGAUGUCACCUCACGUGCGUUACCAAGGCGCUGUAACAAAUUUAGGAUUGAAUUUGACGAUUUGAGAAAGAUUUACAUGGGACCAGGGAUGAGCUUGGACCAGCCUGAUACUUUACAAAACAAGAUUUUCUUUGACAUUAAUCUCUACAUUUGCAACAGAGGUAAAGAUUUCCUACGAGUUAUGGCAAAAGACGAUUUUGUCAUCUCCACAGAUGCUGAUGGGCGACGCUAUGUGUGGUUGAAAUACCAUCCCAAGUUCAGUACCAGAGAGUUGUUGGCUAUGGGCGGAGUAGGAGAACAGGACCUCACCAACAACGGCACACAAAUAGGGGACAAAAUGUUUGAAAGAAAAGGUGAUCCAAGAUGUCCUGUGACAUCAUUCCUAGCAUACUUGUCACACCUCCACCCGAUGACGGAAGCGUUUUGGCAGCGUCCAAAACGAAGUUUCGUAUACGAUGACUAUGUUUGGUUUGACAAUACCCCUCUGGGAAAUAGUACCUUGAGCAAAAUUAUGACACGCAUUUGUCAAUCUGCGGGUCUGUUCGAAAAUUUCACAAACCAUGCAAUAAAAAGUUCCUACAUUCCUAUUAUUGAAAACUUAUGCAAAAUGGCAAAUAAGAAGGCUAUGCAUGCAGAGUUCAAAGACUCUGGAUCAGUUCCGUCUCCUUUGGCGACUUGUAGCCAGGGAAUCAGAGAUAUGGACGAUGGGAUGACUGACUCCGGGUCUGUGUGUUCUGAUGCCAAGGAACCUGAAUCGGAUGAACAUGUUCUUGGUCUACAACAGGCAAAGAUGAAGGUGCUGGAGAUGGUAAAUGGAUUAGAAGUGAAGGAUAUCCGAUCUUUUGUCGAUUGGAUGAAAACUUUUCGUGCAGAGAUGGAUGGUGGAGGUUUGGUUGUGUUGUGUAGCCCAGUAGGUCAAGCUUUACAGGAGACUGACUCGAAGACAACAAAGGGAAAUAACUCAUCUAAGUUGUCUAAUGGUAGUGGAAGCCAAAGUGGGUCUCCAUCUAGCACACCUCCUGUCCACAGACAGCGAGAAACUUCUCCAGCACCACUCUCAAAUCGCAGACUUGAUGUUUGUCGCUCCUCCAAAGAUGCAAAACAGGAGGCUGCCGACUUAGGUAUCGCCAUAAAACAAUUGGACUUUGAUUGUGUCAGGGAAACCCAUGUGUCCACACCUGAAAUUUACCCUGUCAAAGUGACCAUUCCAUGUUCGGACACUGUCCUGAUCAAUGGACUUCGAGACAGCGAUCAAAUCCUUAUUCAUAACAGAGAAAGUGCACCUCUUAUGUCUGAAGCAAUACAUUCACGUAUAUUUUAUUCUGAACAUGAAAUGGACGUUGCUGUUAUCACUGCACUUCUUGGCACAAGGAACAGUCUUAAGAAAGGUGGCCAAAUUUCUUCAGUAGGAUGUGAAAAGUCUGAAAACUGUUCCAAAAUUCAAGAUAAAUACAAGCCAAUGAAAAAAAGAAGUUUGUCUGAUCUACAUGCGGACAAUUCUAGAGAAGAUAUUGAACCCCAACCAAACAAAAAACUGUUAAUCGCUGGUAGUCAGACAACAGCUAGCUUGCCUCUAUCUCGAGUCUCGGCCAACACCAGCAGUUAUCCUCCAGUGAUUUCUAAUGUUCCGGUUUUACUCAGUCACACAGCCAGAGGAAUAGGUAUCCCACAGACACAGAGGGAUGGCAGACAGGUGUCUCUGUUACCAAAUAAAAUUGCAAACAGCAUAAAAAUAAAGACCGAGCCGGUUGAUAAAUAACUGUUGAUCCCCUCAUUGUUUUGUAUCAGUUUUAUAUGUUGUAUUUAUGUAUUGA